AUUUAUGUGGAACAGCCGCCUGCUCUUCUUGGCUCGCUCUGGGCAGGCAGAUUCUUUUCGCUAUGUCGCUGCUGGGUAGCAAUUUUAAGUUCUAAAAGAGCAGAGAAACCCGGGCGGUUAUAUCUUACGCUGUGCGUUUGUAUGUAGACAUUUGAUGUGUGUGCGUACGUAGUCGGUCAGUCGACACGGACUCGUCUACAGUCGUGGAAAGAGAUUCAAUUUAAAACGGCAAACUUCGAAGCUACGAUAUCCAAGCUUCGAGCAGGGUUCACAACAGCAAAGUAUGAGCAAUGCCAAGGGGUCGCAAAGACAGGCGUCCGUCCCGCGUGCGCGUCCCUGGGAAACGACGUGCCGCCGCUCUGUGUCGCUCGGCGCCACCACGGGCCCGGGGAACCCCUCUCCACCCAGAGGGGGUGACGGUCACCGUGGCCCGGCAGAUGGGAAAUCGGAGACCGAAAGCAGCCCCCUCUCCAGCAAUGGCUCCGACGUUUCCGUGGCGGCGCCCGGCAUGUUCGCCAAGUCGCCCGCUUUGAGUGGGCGCGAGGCUAAACCCCGGGGCAACCGUGGCGAGCCUGGCGGUGGCGUCGCCGCCACGGAGCUUCGUAAGAUGGGCACCGAUGACGGAUCAUUCGCGACGCCCAUGAGAAGGAAUAAUACCGUGCUCGUUCGAAAUGGCACGUCCUCGCGUUCCGCGCCGAGCGGGGUCUGCGAAGCUGGCGCCAUGCGGCCCCAAGGCUGUGCCGGGCCAGGGGGCGUGCGGCUGGAUGCCCUCCUGCACAACAGGGGGGGCGAUCCUCGUGUGGUGGAGGAGGCGGCAAGAGCACACGGCGCUGGCUGCGACCACCUCAACCGUGCUCUGCCGAGUGACACAGUUGUGGGGUGUGGGCGUGACUUAAAAUUGAGUGGGAGCCGUGGCGCAAGAAGAGGAGCAGCAGUGGGAAGAGGAAGGAAGCCACUGGAAAAUGCCAAUGGUGGCCGUUUGCAGGAGCACAAAACAUUUAUUCAGGACUGCAGUUUGGAAACUGACGAUGAGUUGCUGGGAUGUAAACCUCUGGGUUCGUACGAAGAUUUAUACCGUGGCGACCAAAUGCAUAGCAACACACCAUUGUUCAGUAGUCCAGGAAGACAUUGUGUGAAUUGCCACGUUGCGAAUGCUUUGGAUGGAAAUAUCUGCUGUUGCGAGGACGAUACAGGAACCGGUAAAUUUAUAGCACUGCCCAAAUGCGUGGCACCUCAAAACCACGCUUCAAACCCAUCUGCACUGACGCCGGGGGCCAUCAAAUCUAGUAGUCCAAUCGCUCGUGCUGUCCCACCUUGCAAAACUCCAAUGGGAUAUUUUCACCGUGGUCUCGUGGGUACCGACGCGAUGCAGAAGGAAAUCCCCUUGCCUGGCACCGCACGGCAACGAGUUCAGCGGCAGCCGUCUGUUGACGAGAGCAACGCUGAGCUGCUGCGGGGCCCCGCUUGCGACAGCUUUGCGUACAACAGUUGCAUCAAGAAGGAUUGCGUGGCCAUCAUUAACGAGAUCAGGACGAGGAAUCCUCAGAAGCGGGAGUCGCUGAAUUCCAGCCCGGAGACCCCGUUGCGGUGUCUGACCUGGAAUGAAACCUCCAACGUCGACGUUCGGGAAAUGUACGAGUGCUUGCCGAUGCAGUCCAUCGUGCUGCCGCGGGAAAACGCAAAAGUGCUGGAUACGAUGGCCGAGCGUCGGCAAGCGAACAAAAUGGCUGCCAGUGAACCGCCGAAAUUUAUGUUGCGGCACAACGCGGCGGCUCUGGAGGUGAUUUCAAAAGAGCAAUUGGCUUUGACCGAAGUGGGUGCCGAUACCGUGUGUACGACAGCAUUGGCAGCUCUUGAACACGGUGCACUCGAUGAGACGAUGUGUGCGCUUGGCAGAGCCGAAGAUGCGGCGUCUUCCACUGGCCGCGCAGCGGAGGUGGUCGCAGUGGAGAAGAUGGCAGCCAACGUCACAAAAGGGCUUUCGCUGCCUGAUAUAGAUUCUACGAUGAUGACCGUGGCGUCUCACAAUCUCAAUUCUACUGCAACAAGUCUACCGGCUGCAAUGGUGGAAAAGAAACUCGUUGAUAGAAAAAGGCCAAAGGGAUUUGGUGUACUGCCAAAGGCUGGUGGUGAAAAUGGGCCUCUUUGCAUUAAUGACCCAAAGAGGACCCAGAUUGGUGCACCCUUAGGUAGUGAUGUUCAUCAUCGGCGCAUUACUGGUGACUGCACCAUGUUAAAGUGCAAGCAUUCGCCCAACGGCUCCUCUGAUUUGCAAAAAGUAAGCUUGGUUGGUCACACCACGUCCACUCCGCUCGUUGACGAUGGGUGCGCACAAACCCUCGUGCCCACGGUGAUGUUUGCUGGAGACAACGAUCUCGGUGAGAUUUCGACCAUAUCUUCCUCGUCGAUAUGCUCUUUGAAUAGCUUGCCGCAGCAACUCAACUUUGACAAACGAACGCUGCCGGUUUCUAUCAACAGGACAACAGAGAGCACAGCCGUCAAGGCGUCCAAGAAAACCCUAACUGCUGGUGGGGGGGUGACAACGGACGAUCAAGCUUCAAAUGCCAAAAAGCUACCGACAGUUGUCCGAAAAGCUUGGAGCCUCGACGUGACACAGAAGAAGCUGCAGAUGUCAAAUCCAAACAAGUCCAUGGAGAGAAUCCCACCCACUGUGGUUGGUCAGGCUGCCCGUGCCACCGUCACAAACGUUGAGAAGUUUAAGCAUCCCGUGAAGGCCACCGAUCCCACGGGACGUAGCAUGGCCGGUGUGGACACACGAGGUGAAUUGUUGCCGUCAAAGGUCAAAGCGUCGGCUGUGAUGCAGCCAAGAGACAAUUCUGCAGCAGCGUUCAAAGCCAGGGGUUUGCCAACGUUUCCAAGACGGGUGCUGCCUUCAUCGCUGUGUCUUACAAAAUUGUUGGCAGCUGGCCCCACCAAAUACAGCAGCCCCACAAGGCCAAGGCAGCAGGUGAAUGACGGUGUUGCGAGGAAAUUGGCAAAUACGCCGUCGAAGCCUGGCAGCUCGAGCAAGCUGUGCACACCGAUGAAGGCCGGGGUAACUGGAGCCGCCGCGGGGAGGAGAACCGCUGCCGUCGUCACUCCGCAAAGGCCGAGUAAAGUGUUGGGCUGCCCCCAUCUGGACGGCGAUGGGCCCGCCGCCUUGGGGGCCAUGAAGAUGUCCCCCAGGAUUCCCUUGGCCAACGCGGCGAGGCCGUCGCCCAGGGCCACGAAGCCGCCGAUGCAGAGGCCCUCGCAGGGAGGCGCACCGGCCCAAGCACCGAACGUCGUGGUCUCCGCCCUCAAGCGGCAGCCAAACGGCCCGGGCGACGGCCACUCGGAGAAGGGCGCUCCAUCCAGCGGCCAAGUCAGGGCGAGGCAGCUCAAGCCUCUGUUUGGCUCCAAGCUGAGGGCUCCAACGAGACCCACACAUGGUGGCAAAGCAGAGCCUGCGCCCGUGAGGUCUGCUGUCGAUGGUGUGCCGCUAGAGGAAGCUACAGUCGGAAGCGCGCAUUUGACAAUGGUCACGGCCGAUAAUGGGCGAGACUCGGCCAAGGUUGCUGCUGGAUGCCUGCUCCAACCUUCCAACGGGAGCCUGCGCCCCACGGGCCCCGUCUCAUCCGGCAGGGGCCGCUCCACUUCUAUGAGGCCCCCCUCCUUCCUACCCGGAUGCCGAGGAGCCUCCAGGCUUCCUGCCACACGCGCCACCGUCCCCGCUCGGCCGCAACCGGACAACCCCAACAACACCGUCGUCGCAGGUGAUCCGCACACCAACACGGCCGCCGGCCAAAGGCUUCUGGCCCUGCCCGCCUUGAGGAAGCGCAGCCCCAGCCCCGGCUCCGCGUCCGUCGCCAGCGCCCAGUCCACGGACAGCGAUCGCAGUGGGCACGCCGCGCACCGUGGCGCAAAACGUGCCGGCCGGCCGGCCCUGGCGGGCUGCCUGAGCCAACCCGACCUGCUGCUGUCACGGGGCCCCGACGAGUUGCUGGGGGAGCUGCGUGCCACGCGCGACGAGCUGGCGCGGCGCCUGCGGUGCGCACAGCGGCUCGACGUGCAGAGGGGCACCGCCCUCGCUGCCCUCGCCACCGCGCUGCAGAACUUCGCCGCCAGGAAUGAGAAAUUAUCUGGAAAGCUGACCGAUCUUAAUUUGGAUCUCAAAAGUGUUCAGCAACAGCUUGCGAUGUACGUGGAGCGCUGCGCACGGCUGGAGCAGGAGAAGGAGGUGGGGGAGCGAGACUCCGUCGUGGCUCUCACCGAGGCCGAGAGGAGGCACGCCGAGGCCCUGUCCAACCUCGAGGCCAUGCUCAGGCAGCAGUUCGACGGGGAAAUGGAGCGGCUGCAGCAGACCCACGAGCAGGAGCUGGAUGCGAGGGUGGCGCAACAAAAGAAAGAUGCCAUGUCUGAGAUUGAGAUGGAGACGGUGACUGCCAUGAAAGAAGACCUGGAGAGGAGCAUCAAUGAGCUGAACCUGUCUUUUGAAAGUAAACGGACGUCGAUGCAGAACAAGUUUGAACGUGAGAAAUCCCGCUUGGAGGAGACGGUGAAGAUGCUGACACUGCAAAUCAAGACUCAGAAAGAAGAAAUCUCCAACAUAGGGAAGCUCUUGAAAAAUACGUCGGCCAGCAAGGGCUCGCCGCAGUCUCCCGUGUCGUCUCUGCACAUGGAGGACGAGCUGAACAGCCUGAAGGCUGUGGUGGAUAUCCGCACCCAGCAGAUCCACACACUGGAGCGCCGCAUGCUCGCACUGCAGCAGGAGGCCGAUGCCAAACGGAUUGUGGAGGAGAAGCUGCAGGUGCUGCAGCAGCAAAAUGAGGACAUGAAGGCUCGCAUGGACAAGAGCAUGGAAGUCACAAGGCAACUGUCGUCGGAGCAGACGGCCCUGCAGGCUUCCCUUCAGCGCGAGGCUAAAGCCAAGCAGCGGCUCUCCAUGGAGAAGGAACAGCUCAUGUGGAAGCUGCAGAACGGCAGCUCCCCGGGUGUGUCUCCCUCCUCGCCACCGUCCACCUCUCCCACGUUCUUCUCCUUCCAGUCCAACACCACUCAACUCUUCUCCACGCCGCCGUAGCAGCACGCGGGGGGCUGGGCCUCUCGCCCAAUCUCCGACCCCUGGGGUGCCAAGACCAGAGCAACCCCCCCCCACCCACCCACCCGCUUGUUGUUGGGUAAACAACAAAGAUAUUCAUCUCCAGUCGUCUGCCCCUGUGUUCUCCAGCCAGCGUCGGACUCGAAUCAGUCCGUGGAUGUUCAUUCCGUCACCACGGUGUUAGGCGUUGUCCUUGCAGAAGCUGCGUCGGAUUCUAAGCUGAGCUUGAGAAACAUUUUUUUUACUUGGACGAAUCUGCAUAUUCGAUGGCUCCAAUCUACUGAUGCUCAUUUUCUUCCGUUCAGCCAAGUUGGACCUCUUUGGUUAAAUACCUUCCGCUCCUCGCUUUGCCUCUCCCCAACCAUUGACGUAAUGCAAAUUGACACCAAAUGAAAGUCAGCAAUGUCCCCCCCCCCUCCCCCUCCCUUGCAUGGACCUGCGGCGGGUGAUGUACAUCAGAAAUAUUGCUGUGGUCCGUUCCACAGUAAAAUGUUAUUGAUGCAUUAGACACACGUGAUGGACCUUUACUAAGUAAGGCAUUUUUUUUAAACUUUUCAAUAUCCGUGCACGCACACACGAAGUGUAUCCGAGCUACAAUUGGCGUUUCUUGCAGUGAGCACACGAAGGUGGGCUGAAUACAUUAUAUCGGGAAAUUGGAAGUUACUGUUCCAUGUUUAUAAAGCUUGCAAUCAGGUUUCUUCCUCAUGGCACAAUCUGCCACUGAAACUUGUUCUUAAGUGAUAACUAUGGGGUUUCCUAGCCGUUACAUAAUUUGCCCACAAAGUUACAACUGCAUAGAUCAAAUUGGGAUGGCGGUUGGGGGUUAAACGCUUAUUGCCUCCUCAAGACCACCAACACAUUGUGCAGCUGCUCUGUGUUUCGUGUGGCCGGUAGCACACACAAAAGGGGACAUCAAAACGGAAGCUUUUUGCACCGACACAUUUAAUUGCAAAAGAAUCCGUCAUUUGCUCUUUCUUGCUCGGUAAAUUGAGAUGAUGGUGGGCUCCUACAGCGAUUUUUUUUUUUUUGCCGCUAGCCUCGUUCGCGGUCUGUCUUCCGAUACGCUUGAACCAAUGCCUUACAAAUGUUCCGACUUUGCUGGAUUCGCAAAAUUGUUUCAACAUAGUGGCUCUUUUUUUUACUUUUGUGUGAUUUUUGUAAAUAUAUAAGUAAUAAAAUAAAUAUAAGUCUCACGACAAAAUGGAUGACAUUGCCUUAAUGUAAAUGACUCGCUUUGCGAGACUCCGUAAAAGAAACACGCCUCUGUCAAUUGUUGCGGAGUCUCCUAUACGACCUGUGUAUGAAACCCCAAGUGUCUACAUGGGUUUUGCACGUAGGCUUUUGCGACCCAAUAUUCAGUAUAGAGGUUGUUUUUUUUGGGUUAGAUCGCGUAAAUACGAAUGUUGUUAAACCCACCAUCGCCUGACAGCCAAUUAGUAACGUUUAUUACGUAAACAAAACGUGCCAAUUCGUUACUGGUCUAGCACGUUCGAACCAAAAUAAAACCUCGUGUCUCCAUAGGUGCUUGUGCACGCUUGUGUGCGAUGUUGCAUCUACAGUGGUCCAAAUUGUCACGUGACCCCCCCUCCCCCCCCAAAAUUAAUUGACCCCUAACACUUUUUUCCCUUUGCGCAUGCAUUUCUGUUUCGAGUAAACAUUCAAGUCUCCAACUUAUGGUUCUAAAUGGGGGGGGGGGGGGGGGUCACAAGACAUCUGGACUACCCUGUACAUUUUUUUCAUUCGUGUUACCUGCUAAGCUGCUAUACCUCUAUUUGUGGUGUGUCAAAGUGACGAGAAAUUAUAAAUAUCAUUGGCUUCCAGGAUGCUUGUGACCGAAUUGGGGUGAAGGGGGAGGCAUGUUAUUCAGCCACAUCGCAGAGUUCUGUGUGGCUUCUUGGAAUGGUUACGAGUGAAAUGUUUGGAAAAUAUUUCCGUAAUCGAUGCUUUAAGCAGUGACUAAAUGGGGCCUCUAUGUCAAUCGCAAGCCAGUUUGGACCACUGACGCUUCAUUGUCGGUUAGAUUUGGCAGCGUUGUGCGUCUGUAAAACAGGGUUGGUUUUUUUUGCACAGUUUAAUUUCCCAAAAUAAUACAUCGAUCAGUUCCUCGAUAUUUUCGGAUAAUUUUGGAGCAUCUGCUCGCGUGUGGUUCUGGGAACCCCAAGGUGCCAUCCCAAUGUUCUACAGCCGUAAGUGGUGCUCGGGUUUUUUUUUUCCCGUUCGUGAUACGUAAACAAUGACGGCAAACGUGAGACAUUUUAAGCUGCAAGGAAGCAAUUGCUGUCAAAUCAAAAGUGUAAAUGAAUAUCAACACCGUAAUCGAAUGUUUCCAUUAAAAUUUACACAUCACAAUGAAGUCGGCGGUUGGGUUAGUAUCGCGUGCUUUUCUUGUCACGGGUUUUGACGGUGUGUUAGCUGUUUUGUAAGCAAAAAAAAAUGUGUGUUUCAGCAUCUGUGGACUGCUGUCUGAAUAUUCACAAAGCAAUCGUCGCGGGUUUUUUUUUGCCAUUUAUCGCCGCACCGUUGUGCACUAAUCACGGCGUGUUCACGUCUCUGCGCAGAUGUCCAAGCGUUUGCGCGCAAGCGGCGUUGCGUUAUCACGAUUUCUCAUCUGACACUCGGCAGGCUGCUGCUCCCGAUGUAAAGGAAAAUGAUCGUUUCUGAGCAAAGUUCUGCACCACUCACUCACUCGCUCACUGUCGUUUGCUGGAAAAGGCCCUAAGAAGGCCUAUUCACACUUGCCCCACGUUGCACUGAUGCUGAAUGCAGUAUUGUUUAAAUGGUGUUUGUUUUUUGUUUGGGAUUUGGAUGAAGGUUGGGAGGCACCGUUUAUGAAGCGAUUGCCCGUAAUGAGGACCGGGGGUUGUUUACUAAGCACUUAGCGCUGAACAUUGUUGUUUUUACGCUGUUACAAAUAAUAAAUAUGUGAACUGAA